AUGACCGUUGCCGCUGCGAGCCGGAAGCUGAAAAGAGCUGCGAGAAUUAUUUUGGUUGGAGCCCCAGGAGUUGGAAAAGGAACACAAUCUGAGAGGCUUAUGAAACGAUUUCCACAAUUAUGCUCCAUUGCGACAGGAGAUCUUCUGCGCGACAAUGUCAAGAACAAGACUACACUCGGACAACACGCUGAGACGUACAUGAAUUCCGGUAAUCUCGUGCCCGAUCCUUUGAUCCUGAAUCUCAUCCUCACCGAACUCACCUCAAGAAAAUGGUUGGAGGCGUCUGAUUCCAAUGACAACAUUAUCACCGCCCUUGAACGUGGAAACGGCUCAGUCCGUUCCGUGGUUAAUGCCUCCGAAUCUCCUGAUACAUCCUUCAUCCUCGACGGUUUCCCUCGCACGGCCACCCAAGCAAAAGCUCUGUCCCAUCUUCUACCUAUCAAUAUGGUGUUCCAAAUGGUGACCCCAGUGGACAUAAUUCUCUCACGAAUGGCAAAUCGAUGGAUUCAUCUGCCUUCUGGGAGAGUUUACAACGUGGGUUUCAACGAUCCGAAGGUGCCGGGAAUGGAUGACGUUACUGGAGAACCUUUGGUGCAAAGAGAAGAUGACAGCGAAGCGACGUGGAGGAAACGAUUAGCCAAGUUCGACGAGACAAGUCAGAGCUUGCUGGACUUUUACCGGCACAAGGACCCAAGCUUAGUUGUCAAGGUGCAGGGCAACAGCAGUGAUGAGAUCUCCCCUCAAAUAUUUGCAGAAAUAGAGCGACGAUUUGGUAUAUAA